AUGGCUGACAACGGCUCGUCAGAUCGCGACGGCAAGCGCAAAUGGGACAAUGGCGGAGACCGCAGGCGAGGCCGCGGAGGUGGCAGCAUGCAGCACGGCAGCCGUCCGAAUAAGAAGAGAAAUAUGGGCCGUAAGGAGCACGCCAAUGAGCAAUUAGAUAGGCGAGGUCGCAACGCAGAACAGCAGGCCCGCAACAAGGAAGCGCAAGAGAAGGGCGAGAAUGACAAACCAGCCCUGCCCUCAGCAUUCCCCGCCGAAGAAGUUGCAGCCGAGGAGCGCAGGCCGAAGCGCAAGGUCGCUGUCAUGGUUGGCUACUCUGGCACUGGCUACAAGGGCAUGCAGAUCGACAAUAAGCAAAAGACAAUCGAGGGCGAUCUCUUCAAAGCAUUCGUCGCUGCCGGCGCAAUAUCGAAAGCGAACGCCGACGACCCCAAGAAAUCGGCACUAGUACGCUGCGCACGUACCGACAAGGGCGUUCAUGCCGCCGGCAACAUCAUAUCAUUGAAGUUGAUCAUCGAGGACGAGGAUAUUGUGGACAAGAUCAACGCCAAUCUGUCCGAACAGAUUCGAGUAUGGGGCAUUCAGCGGACAGUAGGUUCUUUCAGCUGCUACCAGGCGUGUGAUUCACGAUGGUACGAGUACCUGAUCCCAACACACUCGUUCCUCCCACCGCAUCCAUCGAGCUACCUGGGCAAGAAGCUAGUGGAGGAGGCAGAGAAGGCGGGCGACCUUGAGGAGUAUAAGAAGAGGCAGGCUGAGGUGGCAGACUUUUGGUCGGAAGUUGAGGAGAAGUCUAUCAAGCCCAUCCUUGAGACACUGGACGACUCGAUAAGGCCGCUGGUAGAGGAGGCCCUGUAUAUCGCCGACUCCACAGACGCGCCCGAGGACCAAGAUCCUAUCAUCGAAGCUUCCAUCGAUGAGGCACUAGCAGAUGCCACAGCCGCCAAAGAGGCCGAAGAAGCAAAGGCCACAAGCGAAGAGGCAGCCGCCGAAACCGCGAUACCAGACGCAGGUGAAGCCAUGCAAGUCGACGAAGCCAAGGAAGCCGUAGAGAAAGUCGAAGCUCAGCACCCCACAACCACAUUCGACGACCAGACCGACGGUUCCAUCCCGCUCCCCUCGGGCAUCGUAAACAAGCCCGCGCUCGAAGAAGUCGUAAGAGCACUCAAGAGAGCCAUCAUGGACGCCAAACGCAGCUACCGCAUCUCCCCCGAACGCCAGGAACGUGUGCAAGCAGCGCUGAACAACUACCUCGGAACGCGUCGCUACCACAACUACACGGUGCAGAAGAAAUUCACCGACUCCUCCGCAAAGCGAUACAUCAAGUCCUUCAAGGUCGCGCCCAAACCAAUCAUCAUCAACGACACGGAAUGGCUGAGUCUGAAAGUUCACGGCCAGAGCUUCAUGAUGCACCAGAUCCGCAAAAUGGUCGGUAUGGCCGCGCUCACAGUGCGCUGCGGCUCGGAUCCGAAGAUCAUGUUGGAGAGCUUUGAGAACAAUGUUGUCCGCAUUCCCAAGGCUCCAGGGCUGGGAUUGCUGCUUGAAAGGCCCGUGUUUGAUAGCUAUAACGACAAAAUGGCCAAGGCGCACGGGCGGGAGAAAAUCGACUUCGCCAAGUACGACGAUAAGAUCCAGGAGUUCAAGGAGAGGGAGAUUUACCAGCGCAUUUUCAGGGAAGAGGCGCAGGGGAACCAAUUCAACACUUUCUUCACACACCUGGACAACUACAAGGAUACCACGUUCCUGUACUUGACGUCUGGCGGCAUUGAAGCGACUAAGCAGGGUCGCAAGAACAAGUCGACGCAGCCCAAGUGGGAGCAGGACUCGGAUAACGAGGGAUACGCAAGUGACAACUAG